AUGACUUCGUCAAUUCCCUUUGACCAACAGUUCUUUGUUGAGAAGGAGAGAGGCACUAGGUACCAGUGGUUGAAUUAUCUCUUUUGCAUCCUUGUCUUUAUCUUCCAUGGAAUUGUAUUCUACUGGAUUCCCAGAUUUUUAAGAAGCAAGAGAGAUGUCAAGUUUAUGAAAUACAAGCCUGUAUUCAUCUUCUUCAACAUGUGGGAUUCUUUGAAUCAUUGCUUCAAGCUCGAUAUCCCCUUCUUUGGCUGGACUUACCAUUAUCAACCUUCAGUCUUACUCUUGUUUUUAAUGUUCAUUAUAGUCAACGUCAGAUUCUGCUAUAUCGAUACUAUCGAUAUCGACUACUUACCCAGAAUGUACGUCAUAGGCAAGAGAAUUGGGAAGGUCGCUUUGGGAAAUCUUCCUAUAAUAUAUCUUUUGGUUACCAAAAACGAUCUUGUUGCUUCUAUCACUGGCUUGAAACCUGAAAGAUUGGUGUUUUUGCACUUUUGGUUCGCAAGACUUUUGUUUACUAUGAUUACUGUCCAUAUGAUCAUGACCAUCAAGUAUUGGUUGGAUCUGAAUUUCAUUGUUAUGUUGCAAAUACCUCCUCAGAUCUUUGGGUUUAUGUCCUAUGGUAGUUUGUUUUUGUUGACAUUUGCCAACAUUAAGAUCAUCCGAAGAUAUGCCUUUGAUUUCUUCAUGGUACAGCAUCGUAUUUUCUCAUUUAUAAUGUUGCUUCUUGCCUUCUUCCAUAAUGGAGGUUCCAAGGCUAUGGUCAUACUUGCUGUUCAUUUACUCGUGUUGGAUAAGGUUAUCGGAAGAAUUAUUAGUAUUAUUCACAAAGUUAAAUCUCCAACCAAAGGUAUGUCAGAGUUUGAAAUUCUUGACGAAAAAACUCUCCGUGUCACUAUUCCAGUCAAGCUAUCCAGUCAGAAUGCCGACGUUUGGUACAACCAAUUUGUUCCUAAGUACGGAUCUUGGAAGGCUGGCCAACAUGUCCUAUUAACAGUCGGAAAAGUUAGCAGAUUCCAACAACACCCAUUCACAAUAGCUAGUUUGUCAGAGACUGGAAAAAUACAGCUAAUUAUCAGAGUUAAGAAUGGCUUUACUAAGAAGCUUAUGAAAAAGACACUGCAAAAUUCUUCCAUAGUUGAAGACACCGCAAGUACUGAACUGGACAACCCUGAAAUAGUGAAACUCAAAGCUUCAUUCUAUGGACCUUAUGGUGGUAGGUUUCACCCUCUCAUUACUUUUGACUCUAUUGUAUUCAUGGCUGCUGGCUCAGGAGCUUCGUUCGUUUUCCCCGUGUGUCUUGACCUUCUAAAAAAUAUCGAAAGUAGAGAGAUUGAAAGAGACUACCUAUACCGUCCGCUGAACCCUACCGUUCGUGUGACUUGGUCCAUCAAGAAAUUCAAGAAUAUUGAUUGGUACAGCGCACAAUUGAAAAUGUUAAUGCCUUAUGUUAAUAGUGGAAAGCUAAUGUUGGAUAUCUACAUAACCCAGGAGAGUUCAGAGAAGGUAACAAUAGUUAAGGAAUCAAAGCUGACGGCAGCAACUUCAAGUUCCAGCUCCGUUUUCUCUAAUAACUGUCAGGUUUUCUAUAACACUCGUCCCAACAUCCCUCAGAUUAUUGAGUACCACGUCAAUAGUCUUAAGUAUCCAGAAGAAAAUUUCUACAAGUCUUUGGCUGUGGCUGCUUGUGGACCUCAUUCUUUCAAUUAUACAGCUAAGUUGGAAUGUCAGAAACAUAAAUGGACAAAGGAUUGCCCUAAUAUUUACUUUUACGACGAAUCAUUUGAUUAA